UCCGUAAACAAACCUGCCUCAGUCACUUCUUUUCGCUGUUUGGCUUUUAUGAACUCUGUUUCAACCAUGUCUUUGCUGGAUAGCGACCUCGAAAAGUUUUUAAGGGAUGUUGAUCAGAUAAAUGAGUUAGUCAGAGAUUUAAAUUCCAGCGAAGCAUCGUGCCAGGAGAAUGCAAUUGUGAAGACAGAGCAGUUGAUUUCAUCUUUGGAGCAGAAGGAACAGUUUAAAACCAAAAUCAAUAAGACGGUUAUAAACACCUCAUCAUCUGAAAAUAACCCCCUGAACAUCCGAUAUGAGUCGAGUCAAAAUCCAGAAAAUUUCUUAAAGAUUUUAGAAAAAGAUGCUGAAGACAGAUGUCAAAGAAGAAAGAUGAAGGAGGAAAGAGCUAAUGUGCUAAGGGAGCAAGGGAAUGAGGCUUUCACUCAAGGUGACUAUGAAACGGCUGUCAGGUUUUACACUGAGGGCUUGGAGCAGUUGCGUGAUAUGCAGGCUCUCUAUACAAACAGAGCUCAGGCCUUUAUCAAGUUGAAGAGAUAUAAGGAGGCCAUAAGUGACUGUGAAUGGGCUCUGAGGUGCAAUGAAAAAUGUAUUAAAGCAUUUAUACAUAUGGGGACAUCUCACCUAGCACUCAAGGAUUUCACACAAUCCAGGAUUUGCUAUCGAAAAAUUUUGGAGAUAGAGCCACAGCGGGAGACCAUGGUCAAAGCUUAUCUGAGACGAGUGGAUAUGGAAGAGAAAGUGACGCUUCAGGAAAAAGCAGCUUGGGAAGAGCUACAGGAGGGAACAGGGCAGGCCACGAAUAUAGCAGACUUGCUGAAAAAGCUGGAAAGGCCCAAUGAGAUCAAUCUUUACUACUGUGGUGGACUGGAGCUGCUCUCAAAGGCUAUUAAAGAUUGUUCUGGCCAGACUUUAUUCAGAUUAAACAAUGGCUUCAGUAUCAUUAACGGCAAUAUCACUGUAAGAAGCUGCCUCUCACAGAAUUCAAAAGACCCAAAUGCGGUGGAUCUAUGCAGGUCCCUCAUCAAACUGUGGAGGGUAGUUUGCAGUGGAAAUGAGCAAAACCAGCAGCUGUUGAUGGAGUGUUCCAGCGCUAGACAACACAUGGUCCAGCUGUUGGCUUCGCCCUUUCAUGAAAUACACACUGAAAGCCUGCAGUUGCUCAGCAUGUUUGCACAAACUCAGCACGGUAGAGAGCUGAUCAUCCACAACCUGGAUUCACAACAAAUGGCAGAGAACCUGAUGAUCUGUGUGUGCCGCAAUACAAGCUCCCUGUCACCGCUGACACUCCUGGAGAACUUGGCUUCAGAAAAGAAAUUUCAGAUUCAGUCGAGGGAGAACUUCACAGCCAUUUUUGCGCUUCCUCUUGAAGAUCUGCUGUCAAAUACCACAACAGCAGACCCCAAGUUGCUAGCUUCUGUGAUUUCUGUCAUCGGGACCAUAGCCCAGGAUGAUGCCAUCAGCAAAAACCUAGCGGGCCGCAAGGAAUUUUGGAGAUGCUCUCUUCAAGCCAUGGAACAGUGCAUGGGCUGUGAAUGUGGAAAUGUCCUUUAUCCCCUCCUGGGUUUGAUGAUCAACUUAGCUUCAAAUCCCUCUCAGGUUGUACAGGAGCUUGCUGUUCCGGCCAGCAGCAGGUGCUUGGGCCUGCUGAGCCAUUCCUCUGGAGGCGUCAUCACAAGAGCUGCUGGUUUGCUGAGUGUUCUCCUCCUGCUGUCUUCUGAUGCCACCCGGGAAGCUGUGCAGAAUGGUGUAGUGAAGAAGCUGCUGAAGAUGCUGAAGGCAGGGGGAGAGAUGAGCUCCAGAUACUCCAUUAAGGCCCUGACAGUUUGCACCGCUUCAAUCCCAAAGGCCCGCGAGGAGCUGGUUAAGCUUGACAAACGGCUGCACACUCUGAGAAAUCUCCUGGCCGUUAUUGACGAGUUGGUGGUGGGGAAUGCAGCUUUGUGUAUGGGCCACUGCUUAGAAGUGGAUGGCGCCGCCAGUUGCCUCCUGGGUACAGACUGUGUGGCACUGCUGCUCCGCCACGCCGCUGGAGAUGCCAAAAGAGCAGCCGUUCAGCAGAAUGCAGCCAUCACCCUUGGGAAGCUGUGCAAAAUAGAGCCCAGGCACAUGGAGAAGCUCAGGGAGCUCCAUGGUUUAGAAAUUCUUCACUCCUGUAUGAGACUGAUCACGUGAGCUACUUCCCAAUAAAUGACCCCAUAACUCAGGACACACGCACACACACACACACACGCACACAUAGAUGAAUGCUGUUUGGUCCACAGCUUAAGAUGCUCAUCUUAAGUGAGGCCACAAAUUACUGUCAUGCCUGAGGCCUAUCUUGAUUAUGCAGCUGUUUCCUGUGUUCAUUUUAAUUAGAGAGAAUUCACAUUGACAUGUGAGUCUGUUAUCUGCUGUUGUAGAGAGCAUGUUGCCCCGGGACGAUAUUCGAAAUGUUUCAAUUUCCUUUCAUCCCAAAUGGCUCACUUGGGAAGUGUGUUGCCUUGAUUACAUUUUGUUCUCUGUUUGUUGAUAAAUGGAUUAAUGGUAACUUUCAUGUGCUGAAUAAUAAUAAAAAAGAUAAAUACAACUGCAUUUGAAGAUAAUUACGGUUAAAACCUUCUCUUCUUGGCAGAGUUGAUCGCUUUGGAAAGCAUUUGAUGAUGUAAGGAGAAAAAGUAGCUUUGUUACAAUAGAAAUGGCUUUCGCUGAAAUGAGUCAGUUUGUGUAAUCCAGGGUUUUGGACAGGAUUUAACAAACAGACUGCUGUAAACUGCAAGUUAAACACUUGAUAACUCCUAUUAAAUUUAAAGUCACCUAAAGGCUUACGUACUGCUGUCAUUCCAAAUAUGUAUAAUUUUUUGUACACUAAAUAGUCAAUGUUUAAAAAAGAAGAAAAAUGAUUUUACUAUUCUUAAAUGCCAUUUUUGUAUUCUUGUCAUGUUUCUUUUAUGCUCCACAGAUGAAAGAAUGCCACAGUUAUAGAAUAGCAUUACAAGUAAAUGAUAAGUUAAUUAUUUUUUUUUGGUUAACUGCUUUCUAAAAAUACUUUUUGUCUAUUCAACUGCCCAGAGAAAAGUAUUCUGCUUGCUACAGUUAUCAUACAUAAACAAAUUAUUCAGAUGAUUUGUUUCGAGUCAUUUGUCAGGUUUUUGUUCUUCAAAGACCCUUGUACUGUAUGUAGGAUUGGUUUCUUAUCCUAAACCUCUGUUUCUAGUCCCAAAAUGUGUUUUUGUGCUAAUAAAGAAAGGUUUGAGCCUUUGA